AUGGCCUCGCCAACCGUUAACGUGCAGCCCGUGGACCGAUCAGAGGGGCCGUUUGUGCUGCAGCCAUGGAUAGAGUCGGUGCCUCUCUCAGCGGAUGGUGAUGAGGGCGAUAUCAAGAUCAACUGCGUCGAGUACUUCGACGGCAAUCUCUACGUCGGCACUUCUGCCGCCGAGCUUCUUCACUUCGUUAGCAUCCCUCCAGAUCCCUCCGACCCGUCCGGACGACCGGUGUUCAUUCCAGCCUCCAGGCUCUCCCCGGCAUUCGCUGAAAACACCACGGCUCGGCCUGGUGUGCAACAAAUCUUGCUGCUACCUCGCGUCGGCAAGGCAUGUAUAUUGUGCAAUGGAACGGUCACCUUUUACUCUCUUCCAGAGUUGAGUCCUGUUUUUGGAACGAAGCAGGUCAAGAACUGCGGCUGGAUCGGUGGCGUUGACUUGAACGAAGAGGGACUUGGUGAUGGAGCUACAAACACUGGCGAAACUGUCACGGCUCUUCUUUCUCUCAAUAGGCGAAUCCAGGUUGUUAGAAUUGACGAAGAUGUGCGCGCUAUCAAGAAUAUCGACUUUGCAGGAAGCACCCUUUCUGUGCGACGAGAUUCUAUAGCAUGUGUUGCAGACUCAAAGACUUACGCUCUUCUCGACGUGGACCGACAGUUAAAGAUUCCCCUCAUGAACAUGUCAUCCUUGGAAGAAAAUCCUAAUGCCGCCGAAUUUGGCCAUGUCCAAGACAUUGCCAAGGGCGCAAACAGCGGCCGAAGUGCCUCAAGAAGCCGGGCACAGCCCAGAAGCAGCUCAAAAGGUCAUAACCGAAGUGCGAGCCUGGGAACUGCAGACCGAUCCAGAGACUCACCAGCUCCCAGUUCUCGAGGAACAAGCCCAAUGCCGCCGGCUUCACAGACGCUGUCUCAUCCGGGACAGCCAUCGAGCCCUCGACCUCCCGAGGAGCAUAGCUCGACUCCGCCACCGGGCGACAAACCGCUACCGGGCGACAAACCGCUACCAGCGCCCCCUCCUCCUUCUAGCCCAGCUCCACAGGUUGUGACAGUGUUUCUAAAGCCGCAUAUUGCCUCGCCAACCCCAGAGGAGUUCCUUUUAGUAAUGGGCACUACUCCUUCUGAACCUGGCGUUGGCAUGUUUGUAAACCUUGAUGGCGAUCCUACUCGGCCAACUAUCACGUUUGAUAAAUACCCCGAGCAAGUUGUGGUUGACGGCAGUUCAUCAGAUGCUGGCUCAUCAGAAGACGUGGACGGCUACGUGUUUGCCUCCAUGACAAAAGAUGUCAAGGGUGGUGUCCCUCGCAGCGGAGUAGAGAUUCAAAGUUGGAGUGCCGGCAGUGAAGCACAUCCCGAAAAGCAAUGGUUAGAGGCAGAUGAUGCUAGCCUGAGCGGGACAUACGGAAUCCGUGCUCUCACAAACAGCCAGGAGACCCAGUCCGACGAGGUUGUCGAGAAACUCAGCAUGAGAAAAUUCAUACCAUUUCCCAGCUCAGCAGAGUCCUCUGCUCCAAAAUCGCCGACGUUAAAGCCCUCAAGCUCUCGGACUACUCUCUCGAUCGAACAGCUAUCAAAGGAAAGGGAACUUUUCGAGCGUGACGCUGAUUCACAGGACGGAGAGUCUCUUCCAGAGGGGUGGGAAGCCGCACGAGUUACAGAAGGAGAGGAAUUCGCCCGCCGCCUUGCGAAAUCCAAGACGCGUGUUGCUAUAUGGCGUGGCAAUCGGAUCUGGUGGGCUGUGCGGAAUCCCCUUAUUGUCCAACUCGAUAAGAAAUUAGAAACUGCUCGCCAGGCAGCUUAUAGUGAUAAGCAAGACUUUGAUAAACGCGCAAUCAUCAUGGUCUUGUCAGCUAUUCGCGAUCGUGAGCCCAAGACGGAGCUCGAAUUUACUUCGUUUGGCUAUAUACAACAAAAAGCUGGAGUUAUCCUUUUAAUCAACCUCCUUCUCUCGCCGCCAGACACGGAAUUCUCAGACGAAGAGUUAAAUGCGUUGCAAGAAGUUCUGGUCGAGAGUAAACUUGAUCCCCGAGUUGUUCUUUCUCUAAUUCCAGGCGUUCGAAAUGAAAUCAUUGAAGGCCGCCGAGGUAUUUGGGUUUAUGGCGGCGUAAAAGAAGCUCCCGAGGCUUUCCUGGCAAACCCAGCAUUUCAAACGCUAUCUCAAGAAGGCAUUAGAGGCCUUCCACUUAAAACUCUGCAUUUCCUGAGACGCUAUCUUCAUGCCUGGAGAAAAUUAAAGGGCUUUGGGAGCGUAUUAGUUGAGGCCGAAGUGUUCCGAACGGUAGACGCAGCACUGCUGCUCGUUCUACUAGAGCUUGAUAGGCACUCACCCAAGGGUUUAGGAAAGGGGGGCGCCGUCCGGGCAGAGAUAGGUGCUCUCGUGGACGGCGGUAUAGACUGCUUAGAUCGAGCCGUCAGCCUCCUCGAAUCAUAUCACAGAUUCUUUGCUCUAAGCCGAUUAUAUCACAGCCGAAAAAUGUCCGCCGAUGUUUUGGCGACUUGGAAGCGCGUCCUCGAAGGAGAGGAAGAUGACGCCCAAGAGUUGGUUGACGGUGAGCAAAGAAUACGGGAUUACCUCACCAAGAUCAGCAACCAAGAGCUUGUUCAAGAGUACGGUCUGUGGUUAGCCAAUAGGAACCCAAGGCUUGGCGUGCAAGUAUUCGCCGAAGAUAAAAGCAAAGCACCCAAGUUUGAGCCCACCAAAGCAGUAGAGCUGCUGCGUGCCGAAGCUCCAGGCGCUGUCAGAUAUUAUUUGGAACACUUGGUGUUCGACAAAGGGUAUGAAACAUAUGUUAACGAGCUUAUUUCCUACUAUUUGGAGGUUGUCAUGGACGAUCUCAAAUCUGACGAGAGCCGGGACCGCGUCCUGGCCGCAUAUGAUGCCUACAGAGCUCUUCAAAAUCCCAAACCAACAUAUAGGCAUUUCCUGACUGAAAAUGCCCCUGAAAACGACGAGGUCUGGCAAAGCCGCCUUCGUCUGCUUCAACUCCUCGGCGGCCCUCACGAAUACGACGUUGCCGCGAUUAGAGAUCGCACCGACAAGUUAUCAGGCGACCUGCUCGUCCCCGAGGCCAUCAUCCUCGCCGGCAGAGAACGCAAGCACGAAGAGGCUUUGCGUCUCCUGGUCCACAAACUCGGCGACUACGAUACCGCCGUGUCGUACUGCCUCCGCGGCGGCGCAACCAUCUACUCCCCCAUGCAAGGGCGCCGCGACAGCGUUCCCGAAAUCGAACAGCAGCGUCGCCUCUUUCAGGUCGUCUUCCGGGAAUUCCUCGCCAUUGACGACGUGAGCGACCGCGUCGAGCAGACCAGCGCUCUUCUCGACCGCUUCGGCGGAUGGUACGAAGUCGACGACGUGCUGGCCCUCAUCCCAGACCGAUGGUCCGUCGACAUUGUCGCUGGGUUCCUCGUCGGGGCUAUACGGAAACUGGUACAGGAGAAGAACGAGGCCAUGAUGAAGAGAGCCCUGAGUGGCACGGAGAAUUUGAGAGUGAGUUACGAUUUGAUUGUCAAGAUUGGGGAAAAGGGGCCCAGGGUUGAGGAGGCGCCAAGUCAGGAGUAG